AUGUUCGAUGCAAUUCGAAUCGCCAACGGAGGCGCUAAAGAGGUCUCGAGGCAGACGAGUUGGCCGGUAAUUCAGGCGGCUAAGGACGCAAUAGAAGAAAACGCGCCUCAUGAAUCGCGUGAGGCGUUCAGACUCAUACUGCUUGCAACUUCGCUCAACAGCUGUAGUGUUGGCGACUUGGAAAAGGCAGAAGUUUCCACGUUCGAGAUCGUGCCAAGUAAAAGUCGGGGAAGUUUGAUCCGCGUCAAAGUGGGUGAAACGAACACAACAACACGCUACCUUUACUUUCCUCCCGGAGAAGACGAGCUAGACCUUUUGGUAGCACUCCACGAGUUCUUUUCCGCUGCUGAUCCGACUAAUUUUAGUCAGGGGAGUCAGCAGCAGUGUCAAUUAUUCGCAAAAUCCACAGGCGACUCGUAUUGCAAAUUUAUUCAAGCACAAGACCUCAGUGAAAAGUUGCGAAUUCAAGGCUCUCAUGAGACAAGAAGCAAUGCAAAUUUGCUAUCAAAAAUACCUUUCUCAUCUCCCAAAAUCUCCGAGAAGGUUUUGGCGGCCGCGACAGGUUUUGAUGAUCGCAACGUCCAGUCCAGCGAUCUCAAGAGAAACUCUGAGGCUGACAGUAUUCUUGUGAGACAGGAAAGUAGACAUGGUCACGAUAGGUAUGGAAAAUGGGCAGAAGUGGUGAAUCGAGAGGUACUGAAUUACUUGAAUUCCUAUCAUUCUUUCAAAAACAAGGCUACGCGAGUGGCCUCCGCUGCGGGCUCAAAUGAUAGUAAUGUUCCCACAAAUGCAGAAACCGAUUCUCUCAAAAAUGCUACAAGCUCGGUGGGCAACUUCUAUCAGGGGAUUUCAAGGUCCGCCAACAUGGUUGAUCAGCCGCCCCAGACUGAUGUAGUGUAUCACGACGACAUGAACGAGAUCAUAGUUGGAAUCAAGCGCCUAGUGGUCAGCCACGAUAGCUUGAAUACACAGGUGCAGCAAAUGGACACCAAAGUUGCCCGAACACAGAUAGAUCUUGACGGAUUGGUGACUCGCAGCACUAACAACAACAAACAUCUCCAAAGUCUGCUGCUCUCGACGCAGGACGUUCGAAAACUCCAAGAACUUCUGGAACAACUCAGUGAGCAGCAACAACAUCAGCAGCAACAAAGUCAAAGCAUAGAGUCGAAGGUAUCAUCCGAUCAAACCUCUUCAGACGAGGUACAACGCCUGAGACAAGAGCUGGAUCUCUAUAAACAGCAGCAUGGGAAUCUCGUUAAUAUCACGGCUGAAUUAUCUCAGAAGCAACAGGAGCUGACUGUUGUGAACUCAAAACAUGAGCAAAUGAUCUCAAAACUCCAUGAUUCGCGGAAGGAAUUUGAAAAAUUGCGAAGUGAGCACAAAGAGCUUGAUGCUCAGAUCGAUCAUGCACUUUUCUCAAAGUGCAAAGCUGUUGAGACAAACCUCGCUAUUUCCGCUGCUAAUUUUAUGCCGCCCAACAACUCAUCAGACAUGCCAAUGACGAAAAUGAACCGCAUUACCAACAUGCUACGCAAGAAUAACCCCAAUGGCAGAAGAGUUAUGUCACUGAAUGUAGCCGGUAGUUCAACCAACUAUACACCGUCCAACAACUCCGAUGAUAAUAACGAAGAACCGUAA